AUGCAGUUGUUUAUUAUUAUUAUCCUUGUUGUAUCUCUAGUGUUCGCUUUAAUUGGUAUAACAACUAAUUAUUGGUAUCAAAAUUUAUCUAAUGAAAAUGAAGGUUUAUGGAUUAUUUGUCGUCGUCAAUCAUUUUCAUCUUAUUCGACAUUGAACAUAGAUAGUUGUGAUAAACAACCUUAUUUUAAAUCACAAGGUUUUGCUAUAUCUGGUUUUGUUAUUUUAUCUAUUGCUCUUAUUUUAUCAAUAAUAAGACGAUACAGAAAAAAUGAUCGAAUUUUAGUUUAUUUAACAAUUCCAACAUUUAUUAUUAGUAUAAUUCUAUUUAUUUGUAGUUAUUUAUUUCAUCCAAGAAAUCUUAAUAGAAGUCAAUUUGGUUAUUCAAUUUAUUUUAUCGCAGCAACUAUUCAAUCAUGA